CAGAGACGUACAUGCAGCUAAGCUUGCGUUCUCUGAGGCUAUGGCUAAUCCGCGGGGUGCCCUCGGCCUCUCGGGCCCGCGCCCGUCUCCGAGGCUUCCCUCCCAUGUUAGCUUGCUUUCCGCUUCCAUGGGAUUCGCGAAAAAUACGGUCAUUUCGGAUCCCUCCUUGCAACUGUUGUUCUCUGCCUAGGCAAUUGUCCUUCGGCCUCCGGAAGAAGACCCGUAAGACACGAUCUGCUGGCGUUUUGCUUAGAAAGCCCGCCGCGCUUGUGUUACUGCUGUCCUAGUAUAUAGGACAGCUUGUGGUCGAUACCCAUAGCUCUCAGCUUUCCAACAUGUCCUCCGUCCCAUCGCAGCCUUACCUCUCUACUUCCAAACGCUCCACUGGUCCAUCCGGGCAAAACCCACUCAAGGAUGUUAAGGCAUUCGCCUUCGACGUGUGGGGAACCGUCGUCAACUGGCGCAAGGGCGUCGCUGACCAACUACGGGCAUUCAACAGUGGCAAGAUCGAUGACGACUGGGACGCUUUCACCGCCGAGUGGAGAGAAAAUUAUUACGAAAUGACGUUCUCCAUCGCGAGCGGCGCGGAGGGCACGAUGAACGUCGACGUGAUGCACAGACAGAUCCUUGAGAAGAUGCUGCAGACGCCCAGGUGGAAGUACCUCGCGUCGCACUGGGACGAGGAGGCGCGUCGGGAGCUUGUGCAGUUCUGGCAUCGUGUACCGGGCUGGCCAGACACCACUGAGGGUUUGUAUGGCCUGAAGCGGUACGCGAUCAUCGGCACGCUCUCGAAUGGCAACAUCCGCACGCUCGUAGACAUGGCAAAGUACGCCGACCUCCCAUGGGACGUCAUCUUCUCCUCCGAGCUGCUCGGGUCCUACAAGCCGAACCCAAAGAUGUACCUCGGCGCGCUGCACCAUCUCUCCCUGGAGCCACACCAGUGCGCGAUGGUCGCCGCGCAUAUAUACGACCUGCGCGCUGCGGCGAGCCACGGGAUGAAGACGGUGUUUGUGCGGAGGCCGCAGGAGCCGGACGCGCCGGAUGACGUGCGCUCCAAGGCGGACGGUGGGGAGGUCGAUGUGUAUGCGGAGUCGUUCACUGAGGUUGCGGAGUUGUUGGAGCGGGCGAGGUUGCCGAGCGCGAGUUUGUAGGCGCCGUGCGUGCGUGGUGUGGAUCGCGAAUUGAUUGGCGUGUAUAUACCAGUAGCGAUAAGUCGAG